UGCCUUAUCUUUGUCAGUGUAAUAAGAGACCCAAAUAUGCACUGAUGUAAAGAGAUCGCCAAACUAUGGCUGUCUCAUCCACUGCAGCGACUGUGUACAUUUCCAGGCAAAAUUUUCCCAUUCCUACUACCAGGAAAGGCGCUUUCUUCUCAAAUUCCAUCACUUUUGCAGCAAGACCACGUAGAUUUCUUAUUAGAAGCUCCAGUGAUGGGUCAACAGAGGCAGCAGCUACAGAAGUAGAAGAGUUAGAGACAUCCAUUGAAGCACCAGAAGGACCUCCGUCUUUGAUUUCUGCUCUUAAUGUGGAGAGGGCUCUUCGCGGCAUACCGAUUACAGAUAUAGAUUAUUACGGAAGACUUGGGAUUGAAAGAGGAUGUUCAUUUGAAGAGGUUACAAUUGCAUAUAAAAACAAGGUUGAAGAAUUGCUGAAUCAGGGACUAGAUGAGGAAGAUGUCAGACAGAAAAUGGAACACUUAAAAGAAUCGUAUUCAAUAUUAUCAUCGGAAGAAGAGAGGAGAAUGUAUGAUUGGAGCUUGGCCAGAAGUGAAAAACCAGAGAGAUAUACAUGGCCUUUUGAAACAGACACGUUAACGCCACCAACACAGCCGCCGCCUCCACAGGAACCAGAAGAUGUGGAACCCACGAGGCUGGUGGGGUAUUUCUUGCUGGGAUGGCUACUCCUGUCCUUCGUAUUAUCUAUUGUCCUCAACCGAUAGAGUAAUUUAUCUUUUUCUUUAUACUAAUAUUGCAUUUAACCUGCAACUUUUAGGGAUUGCCACUGUUCACCCACAAUAUUUCAAUUUUAUAUUUUUUCCAAAAGAAAUAUGUUUAUUCUUUUUCCUUCAUUUUCACUAUUUAAAACUUUGAUUACAUAUGCCGUUGCCUUGCAUGGCGACGAUAUUUUCAAAAUUAAUGUCAUUUUAACUUCUUGAAUGAGACCAA